UUUAAAUUCGAUUUCUUGUUUGUAUGAAGAUUUAAAAAAUAUAUUAAUUAAGCUAAUAUUUGUUUAUUUUUAUCGAGUGGGAAUAUACUUUUCCACGGGUAGAUGGUCAGUGGAUAUCCCGAUAUAUUUUUUCCUAUUUGUAUACGUAAAUGCAAGAAUAUUUAUAUAUAUAUCUCGUCUUGACAAAUUCCUCGUGUGUAUUAAUGCAUGACGUGACUUUCUCUAUUCUGUAUUCUGGUAGAUCCAUUUUUUAGCUAUUUUUUUAUUGUUAUUUUUGUGUGUGAGCGAGAAAUUUCGAAUCUGCAACUUAACACUUCUUCAGCAUCUUUCGAUUUUGCAAAAAACUCGAAUAAGGGCCGAAACUAUGGUACACAAGGCCAUAGGCUCUUGGACGGCAGCUGCUUGACUUCCUUCCUUGUGUUCUAGUGGGAUAGAGAGCAUGCAAGGGAACAGGAACGUGGCUAACAAGUGAUGGCUUGACGUGCCAAAGACUGGCAGAAAUGUGCUCGGCUGGAGGAAAUAGCAACACAGGGCAAGGUGGGGAAGGGGAAGAGAGGGAGAAGAGAGUGGAUGACGAUGAAGGCACGGGGCAGAAGCUCUGUGCUGAAGAGUAUGCUCGUCUGGCCAGGGAUGGCAUACAGCUAAUGCUUAAUAACAAAUUUACGGAGGCUGAGGAGCUCUUCCGUCACCACACCCACGAGAACCUUCACAUGGCUAUGGGAUACUGCUACCUCACAUUUAUGAAUGCUGUUAUGUCCUUUGAGGAGGAGAAAGUCAGUCACAGCAUGGAAACACUACGUAACAUGGAGAGAAGAUGUGGAGGAGGAGAGAAUGGAUGGUUCUCGUCUGUUAAGAGCAUUGUCAUGGGCUCUAAAAACGGCCAGGACCAAGAUGAAGAACCUGGGUCACACUUAGAGCAACAGGUAGUUCUUGCCGACUGUCAAGUCCUGUUAGCGAUACUCACCUUCCUUCAGCAAGAAAUUGGUUCUUAUGUAAAAGGGGGAUGGGUUCUGCGUAAAGCUUGGAAGGUUUACGAACACUCGUACUCCAAGGUUAAGAGAAUGUACAAGCAGACAUUUGGUGAAUCCCAGGAAGCACCAGGUAAAGGAACACCAAAUGGAGAGUACCCUGGCUAUAUACAUGUAAGUACUGAUGAACUACAGAGCCCAGGAUCUUGGUCGAUUGGCUCCACAGGGGUGCCGGGCCCUGCAGAUGAAAGCCCUAAAUCCGGCACAACCCCAGCCGCAGCUCCCAGUUUAGGCAUUCGCAUUCCAUUAUCAAAAUCAGUGCCCAAUCUGAAGGGAUUUCUCAACUCAAAUCACAAGCAGCAAACCAAAAAUAAACAGUUACCUCCGGACAUGGUGAUGAGGCUGAUGGCAUCGGUGAGCUUUGGCUACGGGCUCUUCCAGCUGUGCAUGUCCCUCCUUCCGCCCUCCCUCCUCCGCCUAGUGAACGUGCUCGGGCUGCAAGGGGACAGGAUGGCCGGGCUGUCGGCACUCAUGUUUACGCGCAAGUCCAGCGACAUGAGAGCUCCUUUGGCUACUCUGACUCUGUUGUGGUACCAUACUAUUGUCCGGCCAUUCUUUGCCCUUGACGGAAGCAAAGUCCGUGCAGGUGUGGAAGCUGCGCACCUUCUGUUGCAGGAAGCCCAACAAAACUAUGCCCAUUCUGCUCUGUUCCUCUUCUUCAGAGGGAGAGUCCACAGAUUGCAGGGUGACAUCACAGGCGCACUGGUGUCCUAUAGAGGAGCUUUACAAGCCUCUCCACAAAGGGAACUGCAGCUCCUUGCCCUGCAUGAGGUGGCAUGGUGCCAUCUGCUUCAACUGAACUGGAAUCAUGCCCAAGGUGCCUUCGCAAAUCUCAAAAAGGAGUCUAGAUGGUCGAAAAGCUUCUACGCCUAUAUCUCUGCCGUAUGUCUUGGAGCAUCGGGUAGACAAGAAGACUGCGUAAAAGACAUGAUGGAAGUACCGGUGCUGGUCAGACGUUCCAACCAUGCCUUAGAAACAUUCCUCUUGCGUCGGGCACUCAGAUCCAAAAGUGAUGUUGUGACUAAGAACUACUGCCUUCUACGUGCCUAUGAACUUCUAUAUCUUUGGAACGCAUUGGCAUCUUGUUCUGUGCAACAUCGCAUGCACAUGGUAGAAGAGUGCCAAGCCAUGGGACAGUGCGGGGAGACUGAGGGCCUGCGUCAUCUCAUCAUGGCUGCUGUCUUAGAUACUCUGGGCUCGACGGACGAUGCUGUUGAGCAUUUUCGACUCAGCAUCCAGCAUGGCCUCUUGAACCCGGAGGAGCUGUGUAUUCCUGCCUUUGCCUCCUAUGAACUUGGUCUCCUUCUGGCAGCUGAUGAAGAGACUCUAGAUGCAGGGAAAAAGUAUCUUGAGGAAGCCCGAGACAACUACCACAGCUAUGACUUUGAGAACCGCCUUAAUGUCAGAAUCCACGCUGCACUGAAGAAUUUACCGUAAACUACCAUGACUUACUGUAUCCCAGAGUCGGUUGUUGGUUGUUGUCAUCACAUUGGUUGUCCAGUCAAAUGAAUUUCUAUGGUUAUUUAAUUAUUUUCUUACUAGACCAUAGCUGCAUUUUGUAUUUAAUGACAUGCUCAAUAAGUGUUUGGGAAAUGCAUUUGCACGUGCUGUGAACGAUCUCAGUCGCUAUUACCAAAAAUAUGUGUUUGUACUGUAUACUCUGAUUAACGAGCUCAGAUUUCUAUAUUUGUUUAAAAAUUCACUGAUGACUAAAGUUUUCUUGAUGGAGAAUCACAUAUGUAAAGCAAGUUGGUACUUCAUGAAUAACAGAGUUUUCAUGGUUUGUUCUCUUGAAUAUUAACUCGGUGCCAAUUGUGAGUUUACUUUAUAGAUUGGCUUUGCACAGAGAUGACUCUACAAGUAGUUAAAGAUGAAGGAGUCGGUUAUUAGCAAUGCCUCUAUCAUCUGUUUACCUUUUUCUAUGAUUAUUGGUAAUAUAUUGUUUUAUCUUGUUUUGCUAUU